CGACAGACGUCGUGCUGCGGAACGGUGGAAAGACCCGCGCUCAGACAUUUGUUCGUGCGUUGUUUGUUGUCGGAAUCGUCGGCGGCGGGCUUGAAGUGGCGACUGUAGGGGAUAUGGGCCAAUCCCGUGGUGUCAUUCCAGGAGCGGAGGACCAAUUGUACACAUCGCGGCUGGCAGGGUCCGUCUAGAGUUUGUAAGUAUUGUUUACAUUCGAACUCAGCCCGUUGGAGGCUCUUCUGGGUGGCUUUAUGACUUGGGAAUUUGGCCUUGGCCAAUAGCAACAGAUUUAAUGCGAUAAGAAGUUUGAGGUUCCUCAUCAUGACGAAGCGAUAGCGGGUACUAACUUAUCUAGUGACGACAAUCUUGAGUAUUUAUAGUGGCAUUUGUUCUACCGACCGGCGGAAGAAUUAGGUUGUGCGAUUCUGAGCACGUUUAUGUCUGCUUGCAAUGAAUCCUCAAACACGUUUCCAUAACAUUGUGCAAUUCAUUCGCGGUGGAGAAAUGUGUAAUUGUUGUGAAUGAGAGUUGCGCAAGCCCAAGUUGUUUUGUGUGCGCUUCCAGAGCUUAUGUAAAUCUUCUCCUCGCGAAGUUUGUUUACAAACAACCUGGGCGUGCGAUCGCUCGCGCUGCACCUGCAAGAACAAAUAUAUAGGGCAGGUCGUCUACACCACCCGAUCAGUACCUCACACUAUGGAUUAUCUUAGUUUACUAAUCGGGUUGCACAUUAUGGUCGCUCCGCUGGUCGGAUCCUCACACCAUAAAAUCGUUCAGAAGAGUUUCAAACAAGCGACGCAGGAAUGUCGGCAAUAUCUUCAACAUUCCGAUGUGGGCUGUGAACCUCGUUGCAUUCAGCUAGUGCUCCGAUCCUGGCGCUCACCCAGAGCGCUUGAUCAGUCUCUCUACAGCCGCUACUUUCGGCCGGAUUGUGAUGACGUGGAUAACGUGGAUCGCACCAAUCAGUGUCUCGAUAUGGGAUUGGCGAACGUUCGAUGUGAUGAUGCUUGUCGGCGAGCAUCCGUCUACUGGGAGUGCCACCGGGAUCAGUACGGAAAUGUGAUCGAAGAGUCUCUGUUGAUUCCCAGCACUAAAACACUCCUCAAAAAUACCGUCAAACAGUGCGUUCAGAUGCUGCAAACUUUGAACUACGAUUCGCGCUCUCUCAAGCGUUGUAUUCUGAUUCGGGAGGGACUCUAUGGAGCGCUGGAAAUUGGAGAUGACGGUGCGUUGGAGAGGAAGGCUCGAAGUUAUUCUAAUAGUGUCAGGAAUAGCCGCGCGAGCACGGAGGUCGUGAUGAACCUGGUGACUGAACUAGGAAAUUCCACAACAAUCACCAAAGCCAGUCCGGACGUUACAACAAUUGUUUCCAACUACACACCGGCGAUUCCUGCCAUGGGAAUCGUUGGAGAAAACCUUACCCCGGCUGUCACGAUCAGCUCCAGCGUCAACAUUACCAAUCCUCUUCAGGGGCUUGCAACGGCAGCCUGCUUAGCCAAUCCGAUGUGCUUUCUGUUCCUCCAGUUUCUGAACAGCGCAAUGCCUGGAUUGGUCCCGCUUCCACAGCCCUCAACAAUCAACACUUCUGUCGCCAGUACCAGUGCCCUUCCGAAUCCGUCAAUGCUAGCUGCCCUCAUUAACCCACUCGGAGCUGUCAACCCAUCGGAGACGAUCAAUUCCCUCCUGAAUGCUGGCAGUUCGGCGACAGACCUUCUUCCAGAACUUCCAACCGUCACAAAUGACACUCUAUCUACCAUCAAUUCUACCCUUAGUGGUAUUACUCCGGAUGCACCUGCUGCUGCAGUUGCUAAUCUCCUGAACCCCCUGGGCCUACCAAAUCCACUGGACACGAUAGCGGCCCUGCUGAACCGCACUAGCGCUGCCGCACCCAUCCCGAACUCAUCCGACCCACUCCUCUCGCUUUUGACCAAUCCAUUCGCUGCGGCUAGCCUGCUGGGGAAGAAAGUCUGACCAAUACUGGGCCUAAGUGAGGUGGUAAGCAGAUUCGGAACCCAACUCCAACGUCCAACCUACAGAAAACAAAACAAGCUGGUAUCGAGCGGGAAUUGUUACGGGCUUGUUUUGGGGGGGUUUCUAAAUUUAUUUUUAGAUAUCUUGCAGUGUUCCCACUUUGGAGAUGGAUUCCGAUUCCGAAUAAGUUAAGAAUAGAUUAUAGAGUGAGGUAAGAGACUAUGCAAUUGUGGGAUUGAUAUUCAUUCUCCGAUCAUGGAGGGAUUUAAUAAUAAAUAAAGGUUGUACAAAAAAAUUGCAUUCGUGUUUUUUUUUU